AUGGCCAAGGUCGAGAACGAAGCCAUCGUUGACAUCCUCAAGCGUCGCGCCCUCGAGACUCCCGACAAGGUUGUCUACACCUUCCUCGACGACGCCGGGAAGGAGAGCGUCAACCUCACGUUUGCAGACGUCGACCGCGCCGCCCGUCGUGUGGCCGCCACCCUGCAGCAAGAUGCCAAUUUGAAGAAGGGCGACCGCGUCAUGCUCGCGUAUCCCCCAGGCCUCGACUUUGCCAUGGGCUUCUGGGGCUGCCUCUACGCCGGUGCGAUCGGCAUCCCUGUCUACCCGCCGUACCCGGGCACGCUCGCCAAGGACCUCCCCAAGUUUAACCGCAUGGUCGACGACUCGGGCGCCAAGAGCUUCUUCUCGAGCUCGGCCACGGGGCCCCAAGGGACAUUUCAGGGGUUCUCAACGGACGCGAUUGCAUCGGCCAUGGGCGACUGGUGA